AUGCCCUUCGUCAACACCAUCGCCUGCGUGCGCCCACCCACCGUUGCGACUAUCGCAAGAUGCUGCAAGAGAUUCUAUCUCGUGGGCCUCUGCAUGCUUCUGAUCGCGAUGCUUUUGGGCACUGCCACAUGGGCCAUCAUCAACUUCUCCGCCACAAGAGCUCUGAUCCCACUCAUCGCCGUCAUCAUUCUCCUGUCUAUGGUUGAGGGCGCGUUGGUCCUUGCUAUUCUACAAGCUACCAACAAUAAGCUUCUGAACGAUGAGAGCCAUGAGCUACCCACUCUGUUGAGCCAUUCUGGGCCUCCCAAACCCUCUCUCAUCCACCCAGCUUUCCGUGACUCCAACAAGAACUCGCCUCGCAACUUCCCUCUCCCAAGAGAACGUUGUCUGGACAUUACGACUCCUGACAACGCGCCUGCCAUUCCUGUCCCUGAUCCAUACGCCGCAACUGGUAUGAUUCUACGCGACUCGCAGACUCACCGCCCCUUACCUCCUCUGCCUGUCAAGUCCGCUGAGGCGCCAGCACCUCCGACUCACCUAGAGAAGGUCAACGACGUUACUGUUCUCCCACUGCGCAUCCAAAAGCGUGAGAUUGCAUCUGUCGACACUGCUGUCAUGCGUUUAUGCGAUGCUGUUGAGGUCGAGUCUGUCGAGAGCGCUGCCCCAAAGUCUGGAGACUUUGACAAGACUCCUGGUCACCCUCAUUCCAUGUCUGAGGCCGAAAAAAUCAUCACUGGAGUUGGAGCAGAGCGAUACCACGAACAAGACGACCAGGAAAACACCGAACCUGCCGAAAGCAAGCCCCUUGAGCACCUCGUCACUGAGCACCAAGUACCUCAGACGCCUAUCCAUCUCGCCGCCCCUGUUAUCAUGAUCCAGCAGCCCACCCCUACCACACCCAAGUCUAAUGAAUACCCGGCUGCAACCCUCCCCAAUACACCCACUAUCCGCCUCGUCAGUCAGUACCUGGAGAUCCCUACGAAGAUCGGACACGGUACUCGUCGCAAGAAGUGA